AAAAAAAUCUACGAAGUCGCGAGCCGAGUCGUGACGUCACCAACGGGUCUGACAGCCGACGUUGCAGCCAUGGAGGAAGUGAGAGUGUUUCCUCUGACCUGUGCCGUGCAAAAUUAUGCGUGGGGGAAGGUCGGGCUGGAUAGUGAAGUGGCCAAACUCGUGGUUGGUGGAGACCCUGUAGCUGUUGUAGCGGAUGGCAAGCCCUAUGCAGAGCUGUGGAUGGGUGCCCACCCAAAAGGUGAUGCCCAGAUUAAAGACAACAGGAUCGCGCAGACCACUCUGGGCCAGUGGAUCGCCCACUUCCCCGCCUGCCUGGGCUCCAAAGUCAAAGACACCUUCCAGGGCCAGCUGCCCUUCCUCUUCAAAGUCCUCUCUGUCAAGACAGCGUUGUCCAUACAGGCCCACCCCAACAGAGAGUUAGCUGCUCGUCUCCAUGCUCAGUUUCCGGAGCACUAUCCAGACAACAACCACAAGCCGGAGAUGGCCAUUGCUCUCACCCGCUUUCAGGGCCUCUGUGGCUUCAGACCAGUGGAGGAGAUCCUGGGAUUUCUUAAAUCUGUCCCAGAGUUCCAUGCUCUGGUGGGCAACGAGGCAGCAGGGGAGCUGCUGUGCAGCAUGGGAGAUGCGGUUCACACGAGCCAGGUGCUGAAGAAGUGCUUCACCAGGAUGAUGAACUGUGAGAAGAAGGUGUUCGUAGAUCAGCUCAACAUGCUGGUCAAGAGAGUCACAGAAGAGGGUGCAGCAGGGAAGGACACAUCAAGCAGCAACGGGGAUAUGCUGCUCCGUCUCCACUCCCAGUAUCCCGGAGACAUCGGCUGCUUCUCCAUCUACUUCCUCAACCACAUUGUCCUGGAUCCAGGCCAGGCCAUGUUUCUGGGAGCCAACGAGCCUCACGCUUACCUUUACGGAGACUGUAUUGAGUGUAUGGCCUGCUCAGACAACACGGUGAGGGCCGGUCUGACACCGAAAUACAUUGAUGUCAACACGCUGUGUGAGAUGCUGAACUACAGCCCAGCCCCCGCCAGCUCCAAAAUCUUCCCAUGUGUCCAGGACGCUUCAGAUCCCUGCGUGUCCCUGUACGACCCCCCAGUGCCAGACUUUACUGUCAUGAGAAUACAGGUCCCAGCCUCGGUGAAGCAGUACACUGUGGCUCCGGUCGACAGCGCCAGCAUCCUCCUGGUCAUCGAAGGCGACGCCACGGCAACCUCUGCUGCCGCCCUCUCUGACGUCACGCUGAGGCGGGGCACCGUCCUGUUUGUCUCAGCCAACGAGAGCGUCUCCCUGCACAUCACCUCCCAGUCAGGGAUGGACAUGUUCCGAGCCUGCUGCCUCCUGUAGGCGUGAGUCUGUGUGUGAAAGCUCAUACUACCUGUGUUUGUUUUCCUCUGGUUUGAAUCAGAAAGGUCCACGUUAAGGAUUGAGCCCAAUGAUCGCUGUGCACUUUUUAGUAGGUAGUAUGUUAAAGGAGCUUUCAGACACAGUGUCGGUGCCCGUCUGUGCCCGCAGCUCCCCCAAACCUGAAUUCUCCUGCAGACUGCACUAGUCACUGCUCAAGUUCUUUCGCUUUAAAAAUCCAGCUGUAAUCCAUUGCUGCUGGAUCUUAAUUGGUUUAAACUUUUUUACCUGUAGUGGUGCAAUGACAUCUUUUUUAAAAAGCAGACAAUGUGCAUAUCCCAAAUUCUUUAUAGGUGCUAGACAGAGGACACAUAGUAAGAAUAAAAAGUAAAAUAUGUCUUCGACACUAAACAGGACCGGAUAUAAAUAAAUAAAAAGUGCAUGACACCAUUUCGCCGACUUGACUUGAUCAUGAUGAUUGAGUGCCUGAAAUGUUGCAUGAAAGUUUAUUCUUGACCUUGGAAACAGCAGUUGAGAAAAUAACCUCAUUAGGUCAGUUUAGUAGCUGUUCUUUAACUGCUCAGAAGAAAUGAAAAUGUGAAAAUCUGCGGUUCCAUUAUAACAGGGUAACACUAUCUGACAAAAAGCUCUAGAACAGCUAAUAAUUCAAACUUUUGGUGAGAUAGUUUUCUAAACAACAGAGCAAACUCUGAACAUCCACUGAUGAGUGUGAUUGUUGAAAGCCUGGAAAAGGCUACCAAAAUCACCUUUAAAAUAUUGUCCGUGUGCAAUUUUCUUUGUUUGUAAUUGGUUGUCCUUCAGUGUUUCUGUAAUCUUUUCCUUUUUAUUCCUAACACACACACUAACAGCUGCAUGUUUUUAUCCUAUUAAUAUACAUUCAAACAGCACUGAAACAGGGUGGGGGAUAUGUUUACACUGGUGCAGUACACUGCCACUCACUGCUUUGUACAAGUACAGUCCAGAGCCACCUUGUUGAGGACUUAGCAUGUUUGUUAUAUGAGCCAGCAGUUAGUCUUUUCACUGGUGCAAACUAACGGUUUCAUCAUUUUAGAUUAGCUUGAACAAGUAAUUAUCCACCUCUGGCGGGAAAAUACAUUGUUAGUAUAUCAACAGUAGUGUAAUACUGAGAUGCCUGUGCAUGUUUGAUUUAAAGCAGUGAUACUGGAGAGGGCCUUUUCAAUCAAGUAUUACUGCUGUUAACUGUUACCAGCGCAUGUUUACAGUCUGGAAACUUCUAAAAAAUUGUAGUAAACAAUCAUAAAGAUAAAAAAACAAAGAGGGCCUCUAACUAUGGCCGUCCCAGUAAGCACGACUACAUGGGAAUCAGAAUUGCAUAUUAAUUCAAACUUUAAAAGUUAUAUAUGACUACAUGUACAUGUACUACUGCUGCUUGUUGCAUAUUUAUACAAUUUGACCCAAACCUGUUGACACAUCCACAUCUUGUACAGUUGUAAAACAAAAUGCUGCAAUCAAUUUAAAGUAUUAUAAGAGGAAACUUAGUCUGUAUUUCUGAGUAUUUGAAAACUAUUUUUUACAGACUUUGCAUGUUUUGUUGUUUGUACUGAUACUUGACAUUACAUACUAAGAAAUAUGAACCCUGAAACUGCGCUGUAUGAGGUAUUUACCUGAACAUUAUAUCAUAAGGUGAGUUAAUCGUGACAGUACAAUCUUUUCCAACAUAUUGCUACAAUAUUGUAACUAGAUUAUUUCAGUAUGGUGCACAUUUCUCCACAAUAUUCCAGUUCAAACCAGGGUCCAUCUGAAUUCAGUCAAUCAUGGAGUGGAUUUUCUUGUUGUAAUAAUUUGUAUGGGUUAUCUUGAAUUAAAUAUUUUAGAACCAAUGAUCUAUCUGCCUGCCAGCCUACCAGUGAGUAAAUAUUUAUCUUAGUUGACCUGAAUGAAUGACUAGAGUGAAAUGAGCCAACGCUGGUAAUGCUUUGACCUACUUCAUGACCAUGUUAGUGAUGGAGGUGGAUCUGUAAGCUUGUCCUGAAUGAAGAUGCACUAAAACGUUGUUUGUUGUUGCUGAAAUUGUUCAGAAAUGGAAGACUUUUCAAGAGAGGGAUGUUAAUAGUAAACAUCACUGCAUUUUUUUUUUCCGAUUAUAGAACCAUUAACUUCCUUUAGCUCUAGAAUUGUAGAGCCUCCAAUUAUUUUUGUCAACAACCAACCUACUAUUAUUACUAUUUUACUAUUAUACCAUCUUGUCAAAAUGGUUUAAUUUAGUAAUGUUGUAGAGGUCACUGUUUCAAACAUGAUCUGAUCUUGAUUUUUAACUUUUAAUUUAACUAUCACAGACUUUUGUUACUGAUCUUGCUUUGCGUCACCUUUUAGUUUUAUUAUUUUAUCGUCUAGGACUUUGCACAGAAUUUCUUUUUCCUUUGACUCAUGUCCUUCAAAUGCACACAAAGCUGAAGGCCACACUGUUUUACCUUUAUUGUUUUAUUUAACUAUAGUGAGAACAAUUUUUGGAAUAUUUCUCUAGUGAGGGCAUGGUUUAGCAUUUUAAAAUGGUUUAAUAUGGUGAUGCUGUCGCCUGGGACUGCAGAGAACGUGUAUGUAAAAGUGGUUUAAUAAAGCCUGCUUCCAUUACUA